AUGUCUCCAUCAAAACCAAAGCCAUCAGAGAUUGCUGCCGAGGCGAAACGAGUAUGGAUGCCAUAUAUUUGGAAGAAUUACAUCCGAGAUUCCAAGACCUCAUAUCUGUACCCGGACGCGACACAAGUUAGAAUCAACGUGGACAAAAGAUCGUCAACACGAACAAGAGUUGCGGUGAUGGAGGGUGACCCAGUAAACUAUGCUUUGGGCUGGUACCAGAGUACAGACCAAGAAUGCAAGAAGAUACCGGUAGUCAACGUAGCAAAUGAGAAGCGUGCUGGCGGAGACUGGGAGUCAGGGCUGAUGGCACCUGAGGAGUGCUUCGCUCGGAGGAGUAAUCUCGUACAUGCGCUCACAAUGCCCUGGAAUGCACAACUCGGUAAAGAAGAGAACUUCUACCCAAUACCACAAAGAGGCGGGAUAUAUUCUCCAGAAGUUUUUGUUUUUCGAGGAGGACCGGAUCAGGACUACGCCGCCUUCACUGAGGUUGCCUCGCUUCCCGUCAUAUCAGUCGCGCCAGUACGGAGACCAAAGCUCGACGAAACAGGCACAAAAUACUCGUUUGCGCAAGAAAAGGAGCUGAUGAAAGAGAAGAUGCGAUCCGUCCUUCGUAUCGCCUCCUACUGCGGGCACAGAACACUUGUUUUGGGCGCUUUUGGUCUCGGGCCCAUCUUCCGUAACCCAUCUGCCGAAGUCGCCAAGAUGUGGAGAAAACUCCUAUUCGAGGAAGAGGAGUUCCAUGGUGCCUUCCAGGACGUGGUGUUUGCAAUAGACAGCAGCAUGGUGGGCGCGCCGAGCAAAGGGUGCAUGUCAGACCUGGAGAUCUUUAGACAAGAGUUUGAUCCGUCGACACUUUUCCCCACAAAGUAUGGGUGGUGA